ACCGCGCCCUCCGCGACCACCACAACGACAAGCCCGAGAGUCGCGCAGGCGAGAUGAAAUUCCAGGUGUCAAACUUUGGCCGAGCUACUCAACUGAGCUACGAGCUCCCCCACCGCAUCCACGACGCCAAAAUAUAUCCCGUCAAAGCACCCAAUGGCUCGACAGUAAUAAUCUACGCCCAUGAAAAUGGGGUUCGAAUCAUAUGGAGGGGUGGACGACCUUUGAAACAGAUUGCGCCGCCGAAAGAGCAGCCAAAGCCUGCAAAGGUCAAUGGCACGGGCAAAGAUGUUAUUAUGAUUGAGUCAGACGAAGACGAACCACCCCAAAAAGCAGCAAGCCAAGCUCUACCCACCGAAACAGAGUUUGAGGAGGAGGAAGAAGAGCUCGACCCGGAAGCGCCAUAUCCAACCUUCAUCCAACAGAUUGACCUAGCGCUGAACGUCGAAGUCCUUCAUAUCGCUGUUCCCAAAAUCCCUGCAGUCACUCCUAUACGCCCGGCCGACUCAAUGCCCUUGAUCUUCAGCGAUAAGAUUGUCUUUGCAGUUGCCUGCGUCGACUACGAUGUCCGCAUCAUCACCCUGCCUCUAAGUCCCCCCUCACACGCGACAAAAACAAGUCCCACUACCAAGAACAAGUCGAAAUGGGGGGAACAAAUUAUAGAUAUCAAGAAUGGCCACCAGAGUAUACCAACUGGAAUCUCAAUGACUUGGACCUCGACAUCACAGAAGGACCUGGUGGAUGACUGGGUAGAGGAUAUGGAUAUGGACGACAAUGACGAAGAGGAGUCUACUCCGCGAGUCCGGCCAUCUCGGCGCCGCUCUCGCACACGGAGUGGGUCCAGAGCGGGUGACGAUACAGAGAAGUGGAGUUUAUUAAUUGCGUCUCAUUCCGUAGAACGUGGUGGAAUUCUUCGCAUAUGGCGAUUUCCUGUCGCUCCAGGUGGAAUAGUCGUCAAACCGCCCGUCAUGCCCUAUCGGACUGAGUAUCUAACCUCACCGGCUGAGCGAAUAGCUUUCAGUUCCGCGCAGUAUCCUAAGAGGCGGCAUUCUCAACUCCUGGUGGUGGAUCCCACAGGUACCGUCAGAGUCUACGAUCCACUCGCUCUAUCACAAAAGCGGUCCCGAUCUUCUCGUCAAGAAGAUACAGAGACUGGUGCCUGGCUGGCAUCAUUCAGUACCACUUUUGAAGUGCCCAAAAACUACUCGCCUACAGUACCUGGCCUAGCGCAUCGUAAGCGUAUUUUGGACGCUUCUUGGGCUUCUGAUGGACGCAGCAUUGUUGCGCUUUUGGCUGAUGGCGAAUGGGGAAUAUGGGAUUUUGAUAAAUCAGGCCCUAAACCUCCAGCCGACCCUUCCACGUUUUCUCUCCGUGGUUUCAUUGGCACUUCAUCCGCUCAUUCGGCCACCUCUUCCAGCCUCAAGUCCCGCAACACCCGUUCUAGUCUGGCACCUAUGACGCCCAACACACGCCGAACAAAAGAAGAAAGCCUUUUCCAAGGCUCCACAUCCAGCCAGCCCAGUGUCUUACGCGGUGGGAUUACAAUCGAAGCCCUUCACUCCACUACUGGAGGUGCGCCGGAAGAAUCGGUCAUCAUGUGGUACGGUCUUGAUACCUAUCGGAUACCCAAUUUUGGUCAAUUCUGGUCGCGGAGUGCUGCGGGAGGUGGCGGCUCACUCUUUGGGCCGGGGCUCGCGAAAGUCCAGGGCCUCAACCUACUCGGCGAAGCUGUUACUACCAUUCAGCAAUUCGAUACCACGACUACAGCCGCGCGAAUGGCUAUCCCACGUGAUAUUCUGGUUGUGGCAGAGCAUAGGUUAAUCAUUCAAACCAGCACGACGGCACCAACAGGGGCGCUUGGAUCUAUCUUCUCAGAUAGGGAGCGGGACGAAUACGAGCUCACACUAAAGAGCGAUCAAUCGAAGCUGUCAAGUCGUGAACUUGAUGUUGGAGGAAUGGAUCGACUGUUGGAUAGCAUGGAAUUCGAGCAACCCCGGGGUACCGGUGGUAGUCUCGUGCUAGGGAACCCGAGGAAGGUUCUUUUCGCCUCCUGAAAGCCGAUUACGGCCCUAUUACUCGUACAGGAAUGGAAUGAUUGGGAGCAUGGUUGAUUUGGCUGGCGUAGGAUACCCUUAGGCGUCUUGACAUGACACAGGUUAAAAGUUCUUCAAGUAGGAAAAACUGAACUCCUAAUGGCUAAACCUAGGUUGCGUAUUAUUAGUGAUAUCCUUCCGCUCG